AUGACACGUAAUGCAAAGUUGGCAGACAAACACGACGUAGAGAUUGAGGGAGUACUAUGUGAAAGUGGGGAGAUGGCGGUAACAGACGUGGCAACAAAUGUCACCAUUGACGAUGUGGGCUCGGAGAAGGACAGCCGCCCUGUUCUUGGGCCGCCGUCAGAGACCACCCCAAGCGCCUGCAACGUUAGCGACAGUGUAAGUAAUAGCUGUAAAUACUACCACCACAGAAGAAUGUGGCCGUUCUAA